CGCGUGUCUCCCCGCGUGUGCCCCUGCCCUUAUAUGGCCGGCCGGGGCGCCGCGGCGGGGCGAGCGGGCUCUCCUGGGGGUGGUGCUGAACGAACAGCUCCCCGCGGCGCCCGCCCACCCCGCGCCAGUCGGCGGCGAGCGCAGCCCGGGCCCCAGCGCCGCUGCUCGCGGGGUGCCUCGGCGCAGCCAUGACCCAGGCCAGCCCCGCUCCAGCCGCCGCCGCCGCCGCCGGACCCUCGCCCUCCGCCCGGGCGCCGCCGCCGGCCGCCCGCCGCGCCCCGGCCGCAGCAUGAAGCGGCAGAACGUGCGGACCUUGGCCCUCAUCAUCUGCACCUUCACCUACCUGCUGGUGGGCGCCGCCGUCUUCGACGCCCUGGAGUCGGAGCAGGAGACCUCGGAGCGGCGGCGGCUGGAGGAGAAGCAGCUGGAGCUGCGGGGCAAAUACAACCUGAGCAGCGACGGGUACAGGGAGCUGGAGUGGGUGGUGCUCAAGCUCAAGCCCCACAAGGCCGGCGUGCAGUGGAAGUUCGCCGGCUCCUUCUACUUCGCCAUCACCGUCAUCACCACCAUCGGGUACGGCCAUGCGGCCCCAAGCACAGACGGUGGAAAAGUCUUCUGCAUGUUCUACGCCCUGCUGGGGAUCCCGCUCACACUCGUCAUGUUCCAGAGCCUGGGUGAGAGGAUCAACACCUUCGUCAAAUACCUUCUGCACCGCAUCAAGAAGUGCCUUGGCAUGAGACGGACGGAGGUGUCCAUGGCCAACAUGGUCACUAUUGGGUUCUUCUCCUGCAUCAGCACCCUGUGCAUUGGGGCCGCGGCAUUUUCCUACUACGAGCACUGGAGCUUCUUCCACGCCUACUACUAUUGCUUCAUCACCCUCACCACCAUCGGCUUCGGGGACUACGUGGCGCUCCAGAAGGACGAGGCGCUGCAGACCAAACCCCAGUAUGUGGCCUUCAGCUUCGUCUACAUCCUGACGGGGCUGACCGUCAUCGGGGCCUUCCUCAACCUGGUGGUGCUGCGCUUCAUGACCAUGAACGCCGAGGACGAGAAGCGGGAUGCCGAGCACCGAGCGCUGCUCACCCACAACGGGCAGGCCAGCAGCGUGCACACCACGGACACCGCCUCGUCCACCGCCGCGGUGGGAGGGGGCGGCGGGGGCGGGGGCGGAUUCCGCAACGUCUACGCGGAGGUGCUCCACUUCCAGUCCAUGUGCUCGUGCCUGUGGUAUAAGAGCCGGGAGAAGCUGCAGUACUCCAUCCCGAUGAUCAUCCCCAGGGACCUGUCCACCUCGGACACCUGCGUGGAGCAGAGCCACUCCCCGCCUGGCCGCUACCCCGACACCCCCUCCAACAGAUGCUUCUGCAACGCCCAGCGCUCGGCCAUCAGCUCCGUCUCCACGGGACUCCACAGCCUCUCGGCCUUGCAGGGACUCAUGAAGCGCCGCAGCUCUGUGUAACUCCCCCGCCCCUCGCCCCCCCCCCCGCCCCCACCAUGCACACACAACACUGAGGACCCUUCGUUUUUAAUAUAGAGAGGAAACUUAUGGAGACCAGCAGAACCAGGUGAAGGAAAACCGUCAGAUUUUAUUGAGAUUCAACAGACCGAUUCCAAAAGGGACAGCCCGAGAGACGGGGAGUAUGUUGGCUGCACAAAUGUGCGUGCAGACGAGUGUGUCUGUGCGUGAGUAUAUGGACGUACAGCUACAGAUGUAGACGCAUGUGGAAGCUGGUAAGCUGUCUCUAAUGCUCCUUUCAUUGAGAAACUCUUUUGCAUCAUUUUGCAACAACUCCAUGAAAUGUGAAACUUGAAGCGAAUACACGGAUAGCUUUUGAAACAGCUGACGGGGGGGGUGCGCAUCGGAUCGGCUCUGGUACAGGCAGAUCCCGUCUACGUUUGCAUCUCUCUAUUUAUACCUCUCUGGACUGACAGGUGGACCUAGUGUCCUCUUAGCACAUCUCCCUGCCCACGCCCUGCCCUAGAUAAAUACCUGGGCUAUGCACCCCGCUGCACUUCUAACCUCACCCCACGCUGUCCCGGUGAGCCGGACGCACCGGUAUGUCACACACUUUGGGGGUAGCUUUGCAGCUGCACUGGAGGUUAAGAGAGAGUAGACGUGCGUGUGUGUUCGUGCACACGCCCAACUUUGUACCUGUCAUGCAGGUCGGUCAGUUACACACAAAAAUAUUCCCAGCCAAAGAAGCAAGUAGAGGUCUUGGACAGGGGCUUUCUUCCUGUUUCCAUCUCCUCCUCCCCAGGAUCUUCGCUGUGUUUCUCUGAAAGAUGCACUGCCAGGUUCCAGCAGUCUGCCGCAUACCGGCUCACAAAGUGGCCACGCAGUCACGUCUGCCUCUUAACAUCACGCCAUGGCCUCGGCGCUUGGCUGCAUCGCUGUUACAUGGCGUGACGUCAAUGGCGUUGUGACAUGACUCCCAACAUAAUCCUUCGGUAAUCCCAGGGGCUGGUCCCAAAUCCCAUGGGACGCAGGACUGUGCUGCGACCUGCGGGGAGGUCUGGCACCAUCAGGCUGCACCAGGGACGAGUCUCUGCUCUUAGGCCAGCUGGAAAGGAUUGUAUGUUUUCUACUGGGGGAUCAAAGCCAGAGGUGAUAUAAACACUGGGAUCAUUGACACAUUGAUAAGGCAGAGUGGGUCGUAACUUACACGCCAUAGGGGGAGACGUAGCUGAUUCUAUGUCUCCGACUAGAAUGGUGCCACCCUUGCUCACACCCUUUCCACCCUAUCCGCGGGUAAGUUACACCAAGUUACUCCCACUUCUUGAUGGUUCCCACCUUUGACUUUCGGAUCUAAGAGCAUUAAUAGCCACGGCCCAUCUGCUCAUUCCUCCUCCAAUCGUAGUUCCUGUCCCCUCGACAUCAUUUGCUAACAUCGGUUCAGAAAAAAAAAAAGGGGGGAUUCCAGGGCAGCAAAGCCUCCUGGUUAAAAGUCGUGGCUGCAUCACCGAGCAAAUCAGGCUAAGAGGGUCUUAGGCAGAAGCUUUGUAUAUUCCUAUGCACGUGAUCCUGCCACCGUGCCUCAGACAACAAGCUGGGUGUCACGUAGCCGGCUCUCUGAUUCCGGCAGGACUGGGAUGGAAAUCAGAUCUGGGCCAGGAGGAGUCCUUUUUUAACUGGUUCUUAUUCACCAAACCGCAGGUUUGUGGCUUCUUAUAUAUCGCAGCUGAGAGGUGGUUGAAAGCUACAACAGUCCUUGAAGAUGAGGAGAUAGGCACCUCCUCUUGCAUUUGGGCCAGCACCCCCCUAAACCAAACCAGUGUAUCCAUCCAUGUCAGGAAAGCGUAGAGACCCGCCCUAGACAGUGCAAGACCAGCCUGGGAAAUAAAAGCGACCGACCCUUUCUGUUUAUUAUUUAAUACAACCCUGUUGUGUUCUGAAGAAGGGUGUGUCUGCUCCAUCUCUGAUAGUGUCUAGGUCUCUUCCGUGGUGAGCAAUAAUGAAAUGGGAGCGGGUGUUAUGGACAAGUUUCUGUAUCUAGCCAUUUAUGCACGGGUGGCUAACGAAACCAUCUGUCUUCCCGAGUCUUAGCCACAAAGGGAUGGGAAUUGCACGUCGCUGGGCUGGGGAGACUUUCCUCCUAAGACGCUUGACGUUGAGUCCGGAGAAGCGGCUGCUGUGGCCUCCCCUUACAUUUGGGUCUGCUCCGAAAAGGGACGGUCCAAAAGCGCUCACUUCAGUGCUGCUCUUCCUCAUGGGAUCUGGGUUCUUUCCGUCUCCCACAUCAACGACCGCAAUAGUUCAAGCGUUCGGUUGAUGGUGAAAGAACAAAUUCCAACCCCCCUCCUCGACAGCUGUGUUCGCUCUGCUGGGCUCAUGGGAAUAAAGCAUAUAUCUCCCGCCAUCUACCGCAGAUAGGACUCUGGGCUACCCCGGUGAAGCAAAUCUGAUGGGUAAGAAGGGGCUGUUUUUACAUAGCUAUGCUCCUUUUCGUGACCACAACUGCACUUUCAUACGAACUCUGAGCAAGGGAUCUGCAGGUAAGAUCGGCUGCUACUUUGUGGCUGGCGGGGAAGAGUCGGGACUCGAGUGGGUGGGGCUACCGCACUGCACUGCCAUCACACAGAGGGUUGCCACGUCCCCUUUUCUCCUCCCACACCCCCAUCUGGGGAGUACCUCCCCGGUGCCUUUUUCAGCACAUCGCCCUCGAUAUGCAACUUGUGCGGGGAAGCGGCUGCCGCGGGGGUGAGGCUGGGGCAGGCAGGGCUCUGGUCGUUGUUUGUGGGCGCCCCAUGGCGUUGGGUGCCUUUCUUUCCCUUUCACAAGAAGAAGAGUUGAUCAGAAAUUCUGUACCUAGGUCAUUUCUUCAGUUCAGUUGCCGAUCUCCUGCUCAGCUUUUGUCCCCGUUGCUCUGUCCGUCAGUGGCAACGCGAGACGUCUGGGUAGGGAGGACCGCAAUGGACAAACGCAGCACAGGGCAGGUGAGGCGGGAACCAUCCCAAACACGACCCCACGAGCUGAUCCCCCCCAACAGGUGGAAGGCUCCAUCCAAGUGCCAAGGAGUGCGAUGGGGGGGAUGGGCGGGGCGGAGAGGGAGGACUGCUUCGGUUACCGCCUGUCUCCUGUGGCUAAGGGGUUAAUGAAAGGCACCCUGGCUUUGGGGAGAAGCAGCCUGCCCUCCCCUCAGGCAGGUUCGCCGGCCCUUGCCUCUCCUUUCUGCACUCUGAUCUCGAUCCCAUCGUCAGCAUAACCCAGGGGAGAUCUUAGCCUCAGGGGUAGCCGCUGCUGGGCUGGAGAGGGCUCCGUGCAGGCGGGGGAGGGAAUCAUAAUGUCAGUCGUUCCCAGGGACAGAGUCUGGCAUGGGAUCAAAGGCCCCUGGCGGGACAGGAAGCUGUGAGGAUGCCAGGAGCAGCCCGCAGCCUCGCCCAGGAUUUACCACCCCCCUGCACAUCUCAAAGCAAGGUGGGGGCUGCGGUGACACCCCGCCCCUCCCAGUGAGCCCAGGGCUUAAAGAGGCAGCAGUAAAGACGGAUGGGCCCCAAAUUUGACCUGCCUUUCCCCCUUCCCCUGAUUUGUUUCUCUCUUUGCACGUUUCUUCCUGCUGAGGAUCUCAAAGAGCUUCACAGAUGUUAAUGGGCUGAGCCUGCCAGCCCCACUCCGGGGCGGGGACGGGUCAUUUGCCCCGUUCGACCCAAGGGAAACGCGAGGGGGCAGAGCAAGGUUAUGUGGCUUCCCCAAGGCUGAAGGGGAGGUCAAGUAAUAAUGUGGAAACAUACACCAGCAGGUCUGAACAGCUGGUUCCCUGCCUGACCGGGGCCCAGCACCCGUCCAUGGGCCCUCGGCACACGGAGCACCCAUUAACAUCUCUAUGUCAGCACUGAGGCUGGCUCAGGGACGGAGGGAAGGUGGCUCACGCUCUCCCAGUCCUGGGGCAGUCGUGGCCCCCAGUGCAAGCUGGGACAGCCCUGAGGGUGUGCUACCCUGUGCCCCUCCCUCAGUGGCUCCUAUCGGUCACAAAAUACCCACGACAUAAGAAUCCCCAGGCCAAACCUCCACUUGCAUUUGUCCGCUCCCCACCCCUGACAUGCUCCUAUCCUGGGGCUCCCAUGGAGGUGGUGUAGAGAUGGUGGAACCGGCUCUGCAUCGGGCACGUGGAGACCACUUGCAUGGGGGAAUUCCCUGGGAGGCAAUUCACCCCUGGCCUCCAGCCCCUUUGUGCCAAGCCAGCUGUUGGGCAGGUGUGACUGCAGCCUCCAGGGUGCUGAGAACAUGCAGGUCCCAUGGCUCCUUUUGCCAGAUCCGGGGAAUUCCUUCUUCCAGUUCCGUUGCUCAGCUUUUCCCGAACGAAAACUGUGAAAUAGAUGCGUCAAAUGAGAGAAAGCCUUGGCUCCAGACAGGCCAUUUUUGAUACGUCGCACAAAUGAGAAACUUUAUUUUCCUCAAUAAAAAAAUAAUAAGGUCCCGCAAUACAAACAAUCCCCCCCGCCCCGCCCGAGUUAGGGGAGAGAGAUUGCCCACGAGAUUCAUUUCAAAACGCAGCCAAAUAAUAUGUCCCCAAAAGUUCCAGGGUGAAAUCCUGGCCCUCCCUGACCUCAGUGGGCUUUUUGCCGUUGAUUUCAACGGUGCCAGCAUUUUACCCCGCAUUGGGCCAGUCUUCAUGUCUUCUUCUUUCGACACUGAUGCUUCCACUGAGGUUUCAUCCCAGAGUGUGUCUGUUUGUCCCAUGUACUGCAGCACAGAAGGCCAAAAACAAAACCAAUUCCCCACGUCAUAAUCAAGGGGAGCAAGGCAACGAGAAGUCUGUCUCCGUUCUCUGCCAGGCACUGCCCAAAUGCACUGCUGCAUCACAGAGACCUCUCUGUCCAGGACGUGCAUUAAAGAGCCAGCAAGCCACGCUUCAGUGCACUUGCUAAACUAAAAUUGACAACAAGCAGUCAAGUCCUAGCAACCCUACAUCGGCAAACAAGAGUGCACAGCCCAGCACUGCUGUGCAACUCCAGUCUAAACAAGUGUGUAUGGCCCAGUGCUCAGGAGCAACCCUGCAAUAACAAUCCAUAAGGAGAGGGAAACAAUCCUGAAAGGAAACAAGCUUCGGUUUCGUGUUCCCUGUGCCAAUGCAUUAUCCAUGCAUCUUGCUGCAGAGAAAAGGAGGGGGGAGAUACCAAGUCCACAGCUGGACCAGAAGUGCCCAGAGUUGAGGGUGGAUUUAGACCUGAGGGGCUGGUUCAGCCCAUUCUAAACUUAGAGUUCAAGCACAAAGUUCAGACCCAGAUCUCAGGGCUAUUAGGAUCCCAGGUUUUGGUCCAGCAAUGGGGGUGGCCUUUCGGGAUAUGUCUAUACUGCAAUGUAAGCCCAUACUUGAGCCCUGGCUCCAGGCUAACCCCCUUUGGGUCUAUACUGCAGCUGUGCUAACCCAGGGCUCGGACCCAGGGCAUGGCAGCUCCCAGCAAAUGCAGACAAGUUCAGCUCGUAGGUAAGAAUGUAUGGGCUGGCCCUAGGGUAGACAGAGAUCGUCUAUCAGAGGGGUCGCCGUGUUAGUCUGGAUCUGUAAAAGCGGCAAAGAGUCCUGUGGCACCUUAUAGACUAACAGACGUAUUGGAGCCUGCGCUUUCGUGGGUGAAUCCCCACUUCGUCAGGUGCAUGUAGUGGACAUUUCCAGAGGCAGGUAUAAAUAUGCAGGCAAGAAUCAGGCUCGGGAUAACGAGGUUAGUUCAAUCAGGGAGGUUGAGGCCCUCUUCUAGCAGUGGAGAUGUGAACACCAAGGGAGGAGAAACUGCUUGUGUAGUUGGGAGCCAGUCACAGUCUUUGUUUAAUCCUGAGCUGAUGGGGUCAAAUUUGCAAAUGAACUGAAGCUCAGCAGUUUCUCUUUGAAGUCUGGUCCUGAAGUCUUUUUGCUGCAGGAUGGCUACCUUUAAAUCUGCUAUUGUGUGUCCAGCGAGGUUGAAGUGUUCUCCUACAGGUUUUUGUAUACUGCCGUUCCUCAUAUCUGCUUUGUGUCCAUUUAUCCCUAACAUCUGCUUUGGGUCCAUUUAUCCUUUUACGUAGGGCAAUUUAUCAAGUGAUCCAUCCCCUGUCAUCCGCUCCCAGAUUCUGGCAGUCAGAGCUUUAGGGAAACCCAGAGCAUAGGGUUGUGUCCCUGACAAUCUUAGCUACAGAUUUUCUUAUAGACAAUAGCUAUAGACAAUCUUAGCUGUAGCCACUGAUGCACUGAUCCUCCAUGAACUUAUCUUGUGUCACUGGAAUCUGGUAUGCAGCUUGCCCUUAAAAGCAAGAUGCAGUCAAACAGGCUGAUGUACUGCAUAAACCCUGACUAUAAGGGUGCGGUCGGAGGGGGGACAGCAGGCAGAGGUGGAAACCCUCAUCGGUAAAGGUGCAUAUUUAUGGAAAAGGUAAAGGAGGGGGAGGGAGAUCAGUGGCACUUGGCUUCCUGGGGGAAAUUGGUUUUUGCCUAAAAAAUGGAAGCUACUGCUUUACACACACACACACACACAAAGCUCAAACUAUGGAGGGGAAAAGGGAAACAUUUUGGACACAACUUUUUAACAACAACAAAAAAGAAAAGAAAUCUAGACUGGUUUUCACCAAACCACCUGAAAAACUGUCACUGGGGGAGCCCAGGCUCUGCCCGGAUAAGAAGCUCUAUGGGCAAUGAGACAAGGCAGAAGUAGUUUGUGCCCAGGGCUCCAACCCCCAGCGCGGUGCAAGGCAGCUGCAGAGCAUUUGGGCGUUCUACGUGGGUGCAUGUAGAGAGCCGUCUGGUUUCAUUUUCAUGCCAAGUGUUUUGCAAAGCAAAAGCAAAAUCUCUCGUCCCUCUCACCUUCCCUGACCCCUUCUUCCCAAUCGGUAGAGUCCCGAGUUCCAUCUCCCCACAGACACCAAAGCCAUGAGCGGAGAUCAUAUUCGGGACCUUCUGCACCCAAAGCACAGCGCUCUGUCUCCUUGGGCAAAGGCGCCCCUCCGCUAGCUGCGAGUGCAUAGCAGGUUCUUAUAACUGUUGGCACCUCCGGGGCGGGACACGGUAACACGCACUGAGCAGCGGAUUCCCCACACUGGUGAUUUUAUAACUUGAUGUAGUUGGGUUAGCGGUGACAAACAAUGUAACACAACUGUUCCCAGAGCAGCAUUUUCAAAGCACGAGCCAAACCCAUGUCUCACCUUUUAAUGAAUGAAAAAUGUGUUUCUAAUACUUGAUGACAUGUACAUACUGUUAGAUAUGAGAAGAUAUUUAUUAUAGAUGAAGGUAUAUUCAUCAUAUCUCUAUAAAUAUAUAAAUAUCGAUCGUAAAGGAGCAUUUGGGGGGAAUUUGGAACAGGGUUUUGAUGACUCUGGGACGUUUUCUCUUAGCAUCUUUCUCAUCUUUAGACAUGGAGAGAGUUAAACACCGUCAGACAAAGGUUAUCUGUUUCUCAUGCCAAAGCAUAUUUGUACUGCUGUUUUACUUUCAUUAUAGAGAGAAAUAAAGUCUGAUUCAAAGCUCA